CAUUUUCCUCCGGACUUGGGACAGGGGCAGUCAUGGCGCCACCCGUGAGGUACUGCAUCCCCGGCGAACGUCUGUGUAACUUGGAAGAGGGCAGCCCCGGCAGCGGCACCUACACCCGGCAUGGCUACAUCUUUUCGUCGCUUGCUGGCUGCCUGAUAAAGAGCAGCGAGAACGGCGCGCUUCCUGUCAUAUCUGUGAUGAGAGAAACAGAGUCCCAAUUACUGCCAGAUGUGGGAGCUAUUGUAACCUGUAAGGUCUCUAGCAUCAAUUCACGCUUUGCCAAAGUACACAUCCUAUAUGUGGGGUCCACACCGCUUAAGAACUCUUUUCGAGGAACUAUCCGCAAGGAAGACGUCCGAGCUACUGAAAAAGACAAGGUUGAAAUUUAUAAGAGUUUCCGCCCAGGGGACAUUGUCUUGGCCAAAGUGAUCUCCCUAGGUGAUGCGCAGUCCAACUACCUCCUAACCACUGCUGAAAAUGAGCUGGGAGUGGUGGUGGCCCACAGUGAAUCGGGUGUCCAGAUGGUUCCCAUCAGCUGGUGUGAGAUGCAGUGCCCUAAGACCCACACUAAAGAAUUCCGGAAAGUGGCCCGAGUACAGCCUGAAUUCUUACAGACCUAAGAAGCCACACUUUACCCCAUGCACAGGAGUAAGCUCUUUCCAAGAGUACAUGUGUGAACGUGACAUCAGGGUGCUGUUGUCUUCAUUCAGGCACCUGGGGCUGGCCAGCAGCCACCUCUAGAAAAAUCUUACUCUAUAGGCAAAACAUUUUUCCUGUGAAUCGUUCAGUGGAUUUCAUCCUCUUGAGUGAUAAAUUUCUCUUUUGGAGGCACCAGCAAACCAACUGUAUGAUGGUGGAAAUAGCCUGUUCUUUCUGACAGUCUUAUAAAUAUGUAUUUUUUGCUGUGAAAAAGAAAACAUUUUUACGAAAAGAAUUUUAUGGUUUCUAUUAUAUUGAGUAGGGAAAAGAAUCUAAACAGUGUCAUGACAUUUAGAGCAGGGUCUUGCCUGGUGGCACCGAUUAACAGACAUGUGUUACGUGCUUUCUUGCUCUAGACAACGCCUAAUUGCCAAUCUUUUUUGUAUAUUCUGUUGUACAUACUUUUGCUUAUUGAGUACUUGCUAUGUGUCAGGCACUAGGUUAAGUACUUUAUAUACAUUUCCUCAUUUAGAGAGAUUAUGGUUUAGUGAAAAUUAUGGGACACAUGUGGUGAUUCAGGUAGCAUGUUAGUAAUUCUGAAAGUAAUUUGGUAAACAAAGUAUUACUGAUACAGUAGAUACUCCAGGAAAUGUUAAAUCUGAAUUGAAAAGAGGUACAGAACACUAUCAUGUGAAGUGGCCAGGAAAGGAUUUGUAACAUGAAGUGAGAGGAAUUAAAGAACUAAGAUAAGUGAGGUGAAGAUAUUCAGAGCAGAGAGAGAAGCCCAAGCAAAGUGCAGAA